AAAACACAUGGAAGUGGGGGUGGGCUAGGGUGUUAACAAGCUAAAAGAAGUAGUAAUAAGCCACAAACACCCGCACUCUGUUGCUUCUCUGUUGUCUGGGUUGCUCCUCCGUAGACCUUAGCGUAAGGGGGUUCACUGUAUCGCAUAAUUUUCUAACAUUCCAAAAUGCGCCAUCGCAACGUUCCCCAAUCCAUGGACCUCGAGAUGGAAGCCACAGGAUUCGAAUCCGAAGAAGAAGAAGAGGAAGAAGACGAUGAAGACGACGAAGAAGAACAACAUCCUCAAACCAAUAACAACUACAACAACCCUUCUUCCUCCAACUCAAACCCUAACAGCACCACUGAGCCCUACAUCGGCAUGGAGUUCGACUCCGAGCUAUCCGCACGCGCCUUCUACAACGCCUACGCGCGUCGCAUCGGCUUCAGCACGCGCGUCAGCGUUUGUCUCCGCUCCCGAAAGGACUCCUCCGUUAUCCGCCGCCGUGUUGUAUGCUCCCGAGAGGGCUUCCGCCGCAACCCUGAGAACCACGACCCUAAGCGCCACCGCUCCGUGACACGUGUCGGCUGCAAAGCUCAGAUCACCGUCAAGAAGAAGGGCCCACUCGGCAAGUGGUACAUCUCCAAGUUCAUCAAAGACCACAACCACGACCUCGUCCCUCCCGAUAGGGUCCACUGCCUCCGCUCCCACCGCCGCGUCAACGGUGCCGCCCGCAGCCUCAUCGAUACUCUUCACGCAGCUGGCAUGGGCGCUGCCGAGGUCAUGACGGUACUCAUCAAGGAGUCUGGCGGCAUCGACAACGUCGGCUUCACAAAAGUUGACUGCCAGAACUACAUGACGUCAUCUUCUAAGAGGAGCCUCGGGAGUGGGAACCAGCUUGUCUUCGAUUUCUUGAAAAAGAUGAGUGAGGAGGAUCCUUCUGGAUUCUUCUACUCCUUCCAGGGCGAUUCGGAGAGUUCCUCAGGUAACAUCUUUUGGGCUGAUGGCAAUGCCAGGAGGAAUUAUGAAUAUUUUGGAGAUGCUGUUGUUUUCGAUAUGGCGUAUCGGAGGGGACGCUAUAAAGUACCCUUUGCGCCUUUUACUGGAUGGAACCAUCACGGGCAGCCGGUGCUCUUCGGCUGCGCCCUGAUGCUCAACGAAUCCGAGGCGUCCUUCGUGUGGCUUUUUACCACAUGGCUUCAAGCAAUGUACGGCCGGCAUCCUGUGUCCAUUACUACUGAUCAGGACAGGAUAAUUCACUCUGCUGUCUUGCAGGUUUUCCCAGAUACUCGUCACCGGUUCUCCAAGUGGGACGUGUUCGGUGAGGUUCAGGAGAGGCUGAUUGAUGUGUGUGGAGUGCAUCCUGAGUUUGAGUCUGAGUUUCGACGGUGCGUGAACUCGGCGGAGACAGUUGAUGAGUUUGAGUCUAGCUGGAAGUUCCUUGUUGGGAGGUAUGAGCUUCUGGAUAAUGAAUGGCUUCAGUUGAUGUACAGGAAUCGCCAUCAAUGGGUGCCUGUUUAUCUCCGCGACACCUUUUUUGGCGAUUUGUCUGCCAUCCAUGGGAGUGAUACUAGCAGCUCGUACUUUGAUGGGUUUAUUAAUGCCACGACUACCGUCCAGACGCUGAUUAAGCAGUAUGAGAAAGGAGUCGCGGAUCGAUAUGAGAAGGAAGUGAAGGAGGAUUAUGAUACGCUGAACACCGCACCGGUUUUGAGAACUCCUUCUCCAAUGGAAAAACAAGCGGCUGGUCUCUACACGAGGAAAAUAUUUGCAAGGUUCCAAGAGGAAUUGGUUGAGACCCUUGCAUAUGCUGCUACGUUGAUGGAUGAUGCAAGAUCACAAGCUACUUAUCGGGUGGCGAAGUACGGGGAGGAGAAUAGAGCGCAUUUUGUUAGGUUCAAUGUCUUCAGGAAGAAAGCUAGCUGCAGCUGCCAAAUGUUUGAGUUUGCGGGUCUUGUCUGUAGGCACAUAUUAGCAGUUUUUAGGGUCAUCAAUAUUCUUACGCUUCCGUCCCAUUACAUCUUGAAAAGGUGGACGAGAAACGCAAAGAGUAUCUUGUUGGAUAAAGGAGCUCGAGAAUUGCAAAAUAGUCUGGAAGAGUGUUACUCCUCUCGCUACGAUAGUUUGAGCCGGGAAAUUAUGAGUUAUGUAGAAAUGGGGGCAGAAUCAUCGGAUACUUAUAGCGUUGCGCUGAAUGGUCUACGUGAGGCUGCGAAAAAGGUUGCGGAUGCAAAGAAACCUCGUCCAGCUCCCGUGCAAAGUACUUCAGAUAAUAAUGAAAACCAUGAGAGUAGUCAAUCUAGUGAUACAGAUCAGGAUAAGAAAAUUCAAGAGUUGACUACUGAGUUAGAGGGUGCUCGGCAGCGAUGUGAAUCGUAUAGGCAAAACCUGUUUGGCUUACUAAAAAAUAUGGAGGAGCAGAAGUUAAAAAUAUCUGUUAAGGCUCAGAGUGUUAGGCUAAAUCUAGGAAGUGAAUUGGUAGCUGAAGAAAGUAAGUAGCUGAUGGAGGUAAGUUUGGUAACUGGAUUCAUAUCUAGACUGGCCUUUCUAAGGAAUAAUUGCAGACGCUUUGACAUGUUAGCUGUACCUGCCACCUGCCAUUCAGCAGUCUAUUCAGUACUUUGCUUCAACUUCAAUAAUGCAGCCAAAACUAGUGAAGUAAUGUUGUAUAUUGAUGUUUUAUCUUUCAGUAUUUGUUUAUCACUUUAUCAAUUAUAGAUAUGAAAAAUUUAGUGGUCUCACAAGAAAAUGUGGUUCCCUAUUUCAUUUGGAUAUUGGAUUUUAAUACGAAAGCUUAUUGCAUUCCAAGUAUAAUAAAGGUGAAAUAACAGCU